CAGCCGCGCAGUGUGCGUUACUGCUGGGGGUUGGGUUGCAGCACAAAUCAGUGGACCAGCUAGAAAAGGAAAUUGAGCUCCCAAGCUCGCAGCUCAUGGGCCUUUUCAACCGUCUGAUCCGGAAACUUGUGCAAGUCUUCACCAGCAUCCAAGAAAAAGCUAUUGAAGCAGAGAUGGCCACUACCAAGAUGUUUCCAUGGAGCCGACUGUUAAAAGCCUUAACGAUGAUCUGACUGAAGCUGCAAAGGAGUUUGAGGAAAGACACAAGCAGGAUGUUGAGAAAGUGAAGGAAAUGGACCUGGAGGAGUACAAGAUCCGUGGGGACGAUGAGGAAUGGGACCAGGUGUUGAAGAAAGCAGGAGGCACGGCUAUCGUCAGCAUCAAGAGUGAUAAGAAGAGGAAGUAUGAAGGGGGAAAUGCCAACCCACAAUGGGACUCCCAACAGGGGAAACUAAAAAAGAAGGAAAUGCAACAUGGGAAGUUCAAGAAGAACAAGGCCAACAUGGAAAGUUUGGAAAGAAAAUGGACUUGCUAA